AUGUGCAUCCUUGUCUACAAAAUGCACAAUGCCAUGCACAAGCAAGCGAGAGCAGAACAAGAAGAAGAGUUCAUCAGUAACACCCUUUUCAAGAAGAUUCAGGCCCUGCAGAAAGAGAAAGAAACACUAGCGGUCAGCUAUGAGAAGGAAGAGGAGUUCCUCACCAAUGAGCUCUCGAGAAAACUUAUGCAAUUACAACACGAGAAAGCCGAACUGGAGCAGCACUUAGAACAGGAGCAGGAGUUUCAAGUCAACAAACUGAUGAAGAAGAUCAAAAAGCUGGAGAAUGACACGAUCUCCAAACAGCUCACCUUAGAGCAGCUUAGACGUGAAAAGAUCGACUUGGAAAACACCCUAGAGCAAGAACAAGAAGCUCUUGUGAAUCGGCUAUGGAAACGCAUGGACAAGCUGGAAGCAGAAAAAAGGAUUCUUCAGGAGAAGCUUGACCAGCCUGUCUCUGCUCCGCUGUCCCCCAGAGACAUCUCCAUGGAGAUCGACUCACCUGAGAAUAUGAUGCGACACAUCCGAUUCCUCAAGAGUGAGGUGGAGCGGCUGAAGAAGAACCUCCGCACUGCAGAGCUACAGCGUAAGUAUUUCAAUGAGAUGUCCGCUCAAGGCCUACGUCCCCGUACCGUAUCCAGCCCCAUUCCCUACAGCCCUUCCCCGUCCUCCAGCAGACCCAUCUCACCAGGGUUGUCAUAUGCGAGUCACACAGUGGGCUUCACCCCACCAACUACGCUGACCAGAGCAGGCAUGUCCUACUACAAUACACCCGGCCUGCAUGUCCACGUAGGAGCCUCUCAUGGCAUUGCAAGACCCUCCCCAAGGAGAAGCAACAGUCCAGACAAAUUUAAGCGGCCUACGCCCCCUCCGUCCCCCAACACGCAGGGUGGUGUCCAGCCCCCGCCUCCCCCUCCACCCGCCGUGCACCCGACAUCAUCCCAGGCCGCUCCACUGCAGCCGCAGCAGUCCUUGCAGCCAUAGAUCAGUGAGCCAUCGCAGGGACUCGAAACAGAGCUGCUUCACUGUAACAUCCCUCAAGCCAAAGGCUUAACAAUCCUCAAUGCCUUCUUCAUCUUGCACUGAAACCAUUCAUCUGUGUUGUGUUCAUAGUUCUGUGUUUGGAAGCGUUGAUUGUGUCAGCUUAAGAUGGUGUGUGAGGUGAGGUGAAGGCAUUUUCAGCUCAAGAGGGAAUGAACAUCACUUAAGUGUAUAGCACUGUUUUAGCAAGCACUUAUUGCUUUGGCAUCAGUGCGUGUCAAGCGAUCUACACCUUUAGCAACCAUUGCUUGUUUGUAGACUGACAAAAAAUACUACUUAGGAAAUGAUGUGGUCAUAUAUUUUUCGUAGUGGAGUAUUUUUCCAGUGUUCAGAGUAACACUUUAAAAGUGUCAACCAGAGUGGACCAGCAGAACAUUACAGAAAGCCACAGGUGUGCUUCUGUACUCCAAAUAGAAUCGUGGUCAACGCAGCUAAUGGCCUUUUAAGGAUUAAACUGCAGCCCAAUAUCACUUUUGAAUUCUUGGUUAAUAAUUCACAAGCAAGUGUCUCAGAAAGUGAUAAAAAAAAAAAAAAAGAGGCAUCCUGGUUAUUGCAGCAAUAUGUAUUUGGCUAUUUCCUUGUAAUCACAUUUUAAAAUCAAGACAGCAAAAAACUUUGCAUUAGUAAUGAGUCUCCCAAAGAAGUGUCCAGGUCAUAUUUCAUCCUAAAACCAGGAAGAACAAAAAAAA